UCUGACACCUGACCACUGCCAUUAUAUACUCCCUUUCUCGAAACUUCUACCCAAAAUAAAGAAAAAAUCAGCCAGAAAAAAAGAAGAAAUUAGAUAGAUAGAGUCCGGAAAGUAAUCUACAGAAAACCCUAACUGAUUAGGGCAAUCAAUCCUUCCGAAUCGAGUCCCAAAAUUCCUUGGUUUUUUAAGGGAUUUUGGUCGAUCUGAUUUUCUGAUUGAAUCAAUCUAUCUAGGGUUUUGGUAUUGUGAGAGAGAGGGAAAAGGAUGGUUUCAGAAGCGAGUAAGAAGAAAGCAGCACAGAAGAAAGCAGCAGCAGCUGCAAAGAGAGGAGGGAAAUCAGUUUUGGCAGCAGCCUCAUCGAAAUCAACUGAGAAUUCUUCAAAUGGAAGUGAGAAAUUGGCGAACGGUGUUGCUUCGUUGCAGAUAUCUGAUAGAACUUGUACUGGUGUUCUUUGUUCUCAUCCACUCUCUAGAGAUAUUCGUAUAGAGUCAUUAUCUGUUACUUUUCAUGGGCAUGAUCUGAUAGUGGAUUCUGAAUUGGAACUUAACUAUGGCAGGCGGUAUGGUUUGCUUGGGCUGAAUGGUUGUGGUAAAUCUACGCUGCUUACUGCGAUAGGUUUCAGAGAGCUUCCGAUUCCAGAGCAUAUGGAUAUUUUUCAUCUGACCAGAGAGAUUGAAGCUUCUGACAUGUCUUCGCUGGAGGCGGUUAUAAAUUGUGAUGAAGAGAGGAUUAAAUUGGAGAAAGAAGCUGAAGUUUUGGCAGCACAGGAUGAUGGGGGUGGAGAGCAGCUUGAACGUAUAUAUGAGAGGCUGGAAGCAUUGGAUGCUUCGACUGCCGAGAAACGUGCGGCCGAAAUCUUGUUUGGUCUUGGUUUUAACAAAAUGAUGCAAGCUAAGAAAACACGGGAUUUCUCCGGAGGCUGGCGAAUGAGGAUAGCAUUGGCACGAGCGUUGUUUAUGAACCCAACAAUCCUGUUGCUCGAUGAACCAACAAACCAUUUAGAUUUAGAAGCUUGUGUCUGGUUGGAGGAAACCCUGAAGAACUUUGACCGUAUCCUUGUUGUAGUGUCUCACUCCCAAGACUUCUUGAAUGGUGUAUGCACAAAUAUCAUACACAUGCAGAACAAGAAGCUGAAACCCUACACUGGUAACUUUGACCAGUAUGUUCAGACACGGGCAGAACUUGAAGAGAACCAGAUGAAACAGUACAAGUGGGAGCAGGAACAGAUUUCCAAUAUGAAGGAGUACAUUGCAAGGUUUGGGCAUGGAUCUGCAAAACUUGCUCGUCAAGCACAAAGCAAAGAGAAGACACUGGCAAAGAUGGAGAGGGGUGGACUUACAGAAAAGGUUGCCAGAGACAGGAUUUUAGUCUUCCGGUUCACUGAUGUGGGUAAGCUCCCUCCACCAGUCCUCCAAUUUGUGGAAGUCACAUUUGGUUAUACAGAAGAUAAUCUUAUCUACAAGAGCAUCGACUUCGGAGUGGACUUGGACUCGAGGAUAGCGCUUGUGGGUCCAAAUGGUGCUGGGAAAAGUACGUUACUAAAGCUGAUGACAGGGGAUUUGGUUCCUCUUGAUGGCAUGGUUAGGCGUCACAACCACCUGAGGAUUGCUCAGUUCCAUCAGCACUUGGCUGAGAAACUUGAUCUGGAGUUGUCUGCACUUCAAUACAUGCUGAAGGAAUAUCCUGGCAAUGAGGAAGAAAGGAUGAGGGCCGCUAUAGGAAGGUUUGGGUUGACCGGCAAAGCACAAAUAAUGCCGAUGAAGAACCUGUCUGAUGGCCAGAGGAGCAGAGUCAUUUUUGCAUGGUUGGCAUGGAGGCAGCCUCAUCUGCUGUUGCUGGACGAACCUACCAACCAUCUUGACAUCGAGACAAUCGAUUCUCUGGCGGAAGCGUUAAAUGAAUGGGAUGGUGGGUUAGUUCUUGUCAGCCAUGACUUUAGGCUUAUCAACCAGGUAGCUGAAGAGAUUUGGGUGUGUGAGAAUCAGACCCUGACACGUUGGGAGGGUGAUAUUUUGGACUUCAAGGAACACCUCAAGAGCAGGUCUGGCGUAUCUGAUUAAGUUAGUGAACUGAGUUGCAGCAUCGGAUAGUUAUUCUGGUAUAUUACAUAAUUAUUUCACCAUAUCAUCUGGGGCUGUGGUAUUACCUUACGCACUACUGCUGUCACAAGAGACUACGGGGGUGAUUGUAGCGAUCAAGAUGAUCAUAUUGUAGGUCUGUGUUAAGGUUUAUAUGUCUGGGGAUUUUCCAGAUUUUAGGUUAGUUCUUUUAGUAAUAUUUGUUUUGUGUGGCUUGAUGAUGAUGAAAGAAUGUUAUUCCUGAUUUCUGAAUCCUUGACUAUUUCGUAGGAUUUAGAUUGUAAGAAGAAAGAGGCAUUUAGAGCUUCUUAAUUUCAUUUUGCCGCUUUUUCUGUUGAAUGUCUUGCCUUCAAUUCUGAAACGGAAGUUGUUUUACUUGUGUGA